AUGGGUUUGUGGCUCAAUGUAAAGAAUAUCAACCAGGAGCUCAAGGUAGCCGGAGAGCUAAAAGCCCCGUACAAUCGCGAGCGCCUGGUGACAAUGCCUUCCUGGACUUCUUUGUCAUUCCCAGAGCCUCCGGCUCUCUUCCUCGGCUCUGAUGCCGAGGAAGUCAUCGACUCGAAUCUCAAGUUGACCUGGCAGUUAGACGCAUACCUCUAUUAUCAGAAUUUCCGCACCAGACUGUACGGUCCUCGCACUGUUGGGAACAUGGACAUCCCAGUCGACAUCAUAUUUCAUCGACUUCGAGCUCAUAGAUCAAGAGAGACGGUCAGCCGAUAG